UGGACUCUGUGAGGGUCACGGAGGCGGGUAUAAAUCUGAGCUGCUGCAGGUUCACAGACGCUCACAGGAAGAGACACACAGACAGACAGGAUGGACGUGAAGCUGCUGUGGCUGACUGUUGUUCUUCUCUCCUCACCCCUCCUCACACUGUGUGACCCGCUGUUUGUUCUGUCUGCUCCUAAUUUGCUGAGAGUGGGUUCCUCAGAGAACGUGUUUAUCGAGGCUCAGGAUUACUCUGGAGGAGCUUUUGAUGUAAAGAUCAUAGUGAAGAACCACCCAAGGAAAGACAAGGAGAUACUGUCCAAAACAGUGAGACUGACGGCAGAAAACAAUUACCAGAUCCUUACAGAUAUAACGAUCCCUGAUGAUCAGAACUUCUUCUCUGAUGAUCCUCUGGAGAAGCAGUAUGUGAAUCUUCAAGCUCAAUUUCCAUCCAAAAAUAUGGAGAAAGUGGUCAUGGUCUCAUUCCAGUCUGGAUAUAUAUUUGUACAGACAGACAAGCCCAUCUACACGCCUGCUAGCAAAGUUCAGUACAGGAUUUUCUCUCUGACACCCAACCUGAAACCCCUCAGUCAGUCUGGAAUCACGGUGGAAAUCAUGAAUCCACAAGGCAUCACAGUUUCAUCAGAGAAGAUAUAUACAGUGAAAGGAAUGAAGUCUGAAACAUACGCCAUUCCUGAGGUUGCCAGUUCUGGGAUCUGGAAGGUGGUCACUCGGUACACAAACACUCCUCAGAAGAAGUUUACUGCAGACUUUGAGGUCAAAGAAUAUGUGCUUCCAUCAUUUGAAGUCAGGCUAAAACCCAGUAAGUCGUUCUUCUAUGUGGAUGAACAGAGUCUGACAGUCGACAUUGAAGCCAAGUAUCUGUUCGGACAGAAGUUGGAAGGAAAUGCAUUUGUGGUGUUUGGUGUGAUGGACGGUGAGAAGAAAACAAGUAUUCCUGCAUCUCUUCAAAGAGUUCAGAUAAGGAAAGGAGCAGGUACUGCACAACUGACCAGGGAGAUGAUCACUAAAACCUUUCCAAAAAUUGACCAGCUGGUUGGACGAUCAAUCUAUGUUUCAGUCAGUCUUUUAACAGAAAGUGGCAGUGAAAUGGUGGAAGCAGAAAGGAGAGGCAUUCAGAUUGUGACGUCACCAUACACCAUCCACUUCAAAAAAACACCACAAUUCUUCAAACCUGGAAUGCCCUUCAGUGUCUCGGUGUAUGUAACAAAUCCUGACCAGACACCUGCUGAAAAUGUGGAAGUGGAGGUCAAUCCUGGAGAGGUCAGAGGACAAACAAAAGCCAAUGGCAUUGCGAAGGUUACCGUCAACACUGCAGGAGGAUCUUCCACACUGGAGAUCACUGCAAAAACCAAAGAUCCACAAUUAAGCGAUGGACAGCAGGCAGAGAAGAAGAUGACGGCUCAGGCUUAUGUUCCCAAAGGCGACUCCAAGAAUUACAUGCACAUUAGCAUUGAUGCAGCAGAGCUUCAAAUCGGUGAUUCAAUGACAGUCUAUCUGAAUGUGGGACAAAGUCCAGGAUUUAAAGAUCAAGAUUUCACCUACAUGAUCUUGAGUAAAGGUCAGAUCGUUCAAGCAGACAGAUUUAAGAGGAAAGGACAAGCUCUAGUGGCUCUGUCUCUACCUGUAACCAAAGACAUGGUGCCGUCCUUCCGCUUCGUGGCUUAUUACCAUGUGGGCUCGACUGAGGUGGUGUCUGAUUCAGUCUGGGUCGACGUGAAGGACACGUGCAUGGGAACGCUGAAGCUUCAGGUUGAGGACAAGGAAAAUACCUAUGGCCCGGGAGAUGAGGUCAAGCUGCAGAUAACUGGAGAUCCUGGAGCUCAAGUUGGGCUGGUGGUGGUGGACAAGGCUGUGCAUGUCCUUAACAAGAACAGACUCACUCAGACUCAGAUCUGGGACAGAAUAGAGAAACAUGACACCGGCUGUACGGCAGGAGGUGGAAGGGACAGUAUGGGGGUUUUCGGUGAUGCAGGUCUGAUGUUUGAGUCACACACUGCAGGAGGAACAAACACCAGAACAGUUCCUGAGUGUCCCGUCCCUGCAAAGAGAAAACGAAGGGCUGAGAGUAUCCUGCAGAUCACUGGUACACUAGCUGGUAAAUACUCUGGUGAACAGAAGCAGUGCUGCAUUGAUGGGAUGAGAGAGAAUAAACUCGGCUACACCUGUGAACGAAGAGCCACCUACAUUAUAGACGGGCAAGAGUGUGUCAAAGCCUUCCUGCUCUGCUGCAAUGAGAUGAAAACCCGCAAAAACAUGAAGACAGAAGAGGAGGAGCUGAUUCUGGCUCGUAGUGAUGAUGACGAUGAUUAUUAUACAGACUCUGAUGAUAUUGUGUCACGUACUCAGUUCCCUGAGAGUUGGCUUUGGGAGGAGAUUGAUCUAUGUGAGAAUUGUCCAGCACCAGUCACAGAUAAAGUGAUCUACCUGAAAGACUCUAUUACUACAUGGCAGGUCUUGGCUGUCAGUCUGUCACCAACACUUGGCAUCUGUGUGGCAGAACCUGAGGAGAUUGUCGUUUCUAAGAGUUUUUUCAUUGACCUCAAGAUGCCUUAUUCAGCUGUGCGCGGAGAACAACUGGAAAUCAAGGCCAUUAUUCACAACUAUACACCAAAGAAGCAGAAGGUGCGAGUGGAGUUUAUGGAGGCAAAAGAUGUUUGCAGCUCUGCCAGUAAGAAAGGCACACACAGAACAACAGUAAACGUUGACAAAGGCUCCAGCAUAGCAGUUUCAUAUGUGAUUAUUCCCAUGACACUGGAUGAUCAUCAUAUUGAGGUGAAAGCUUCAGCAUAUGAUUCUGUUCACACUGAUGGAGUGAGAAAGACCCUGAAGGUGGUGUCGGAGGGUGUACUGGUUCCAUUACAUAGACAAAAUGUGGAGCUCAAUCCUGUUAAGAAUGGGGAAAACCCUAUAUUGGUUAGAUCUGAAAUACCACGUGAUCAGGUUCCAGGCACAACUGUCAACACCUACAUCGCAAUUACUGGUGAAGAGAUCUCUCAGACAGUUGAGCAGGCCAUCAGUGGAGACUUUAUGGGUCGCCUUAUUGUCCAGCCCAUUGGAUGUGGAGAGCAGAACAUGAUCUACAUGACUCUACCUCUUACUGCCACUCAUUAUCUGGACAGCACCAAUCAGUGGGAGGCUAUUGGCAUGGAGCGCCGUAAUGAAGCUGUUAACCAUAUCAGCACAGGUUAUCAACGGCAGCUGGGUUACCGUAAACCAGAUGGAUCCUACGCAGCCUGGAUAGACAGGCCAAGCAGCACAUGGCUGACUGCUUAUGUAGCUAAAGUCUUCGCCAUGGCCAGUAAUUUAAUUACUAUAGAGGACAAUGUGCUCUGCAGCGCCCUCAAGUGGCUGGUUCUCCACAAACAACUGCCAGAUGGUUCCUUUAAAGAGGAAUCACCUGUAAUUCACGGAGAGAUGGUGGGUGACGUACGAGGCAAAGAUGCAGAAGCCUCUCUGACGGCCUUUGUUGUGAUUGCAAUGCAAGAGGGCAGAGAGAUUUGUGCUGGAGCAGUUGGUAGUCUGCAUGAAAGUAUCAGGAAGGCUGUUGACUUCUUAGAAGGUCGAUUUCCAAAACUGACCAAUCCUUACGCUGUUGCGAUGACGUCCUACGCCCUGGCCAAUGCUGAAAAACUCAAUAAAGACAUCUUGAUGAAACAUUCCACCCAAGGAGAAGCUGGUAGGUUUUGGAAUGUCGCUGGACAGCAUUAUCACUCACUAGAGGCGACGGCCUAUGCUGUGCUGGCACUUGUGAAGGCCAAAGACUUCGAUAAAGCAGGAGAGGCAGUGCACUGGCUGGGCAGACAACAGUCUCAUUAUGGCGGUUCUAGCACCACACAGGCAACCAUCAUGGUGUUCCAGGCCGUGGCAGAGUAUCGCACACAAGUGAAGGACCAACAAAACUUCAAUCUGGAUGUGGAGCUGGUAGUGAUAGGAAGAAACAGACCUGUCAGAUGGACCAUUGUCAGAAAUAAUGCGCAUCUUACGCGGUCAGACAAGGUGGAGAACCAGGAUUUCAGUGUAAUUGCUAGAGGAACUGGAACAGCCUCUCUCUCAGUUUUGACGCUGUACUACGCCAGACCUGUUGGGAAGAAGUCUGACUGUACAUUCUUUGAUCUGAGUGUAAAAAUGGAAAAAGACUCUGAAACAAAACAAGGAGCCAUUGAAAGUUACAGAUUCACAAUGGAUUUCAUCUACAAAAAUGAUAAAACUGAUGCCACCAUGACUAUUCUGGACAUUGGCAUUCCGACAGGAUUUGAUGUUGAAGAAAAGGAACUUAAAGAGAUGUCCAAGGGGAAGGAGAGAUACAUUCAGAAAUAUGAAAAAAAUAAAGUACUCUCAGAGCGAGGAUCCCUCAUCCUCUACUUGGAUAAGGUUUCUCAUAAACAGACAGAAAGAAUUUCCUUCAGAAUGCACAAGAUGUUUGAUGUGGGUCUGCUUCAACCUGCUGCAGUCAAAAUAUAUGAAUAUUACUCACCCAAUGCACGUUGUACAAAGUUCUAUGGCCCUGAUAGGAAAGAUGGCGCUAUAUACAGACUGUGUAGGGGAGACCUGUGCCAGUGUGCAGAAGAAAACUGCACUUACCAGAAGAAAAACAAUGUAAAUGAAGACGAGCGUUUGGUUAAAUCCUGUGAAACUGGCAUGGAUUAUGUUUAUAAAGUCACAGUGAUGGGGAUGGAUCUGGCACAUGACUCUGACAUCUAUAACAUGACAGUGGUGAAGGUGGUGAAAGAAGGCACUGAUGCGAAUGUUGAGGGGAAAGUCAGAUCAUUUUUGGCUCGUCCCAGUUGCAGAGAACAUUUAGGAUUAGAAAAAGGCAAGUCGUACCUCAUCAUGGGCAAAUCCGUUGUCCUGUCAAAGCUAGGAGGAAGUGCACGGUACAUUUUGGGAGAGGAUACCUGGGUUGAAUACUGGCCGACAAGAGAGGAAAGCCAAACUGAAGAAUACAGGGAUCGGUACAUCGGCAUCAGAGAAGUCGAGAAUACGUUCCGCGACAAUCAAGGAUGUACCACAUAAUUACAUAACACCUAUUUGUUGAUUAUAGAAAAUUAAACAUUAUCUCUUGAAUACUCUCAAUAACUCUUAAAAAUAUUGUUUUAGCCAAAAUACUUUGUUGCAAAAAAAAAAAAAAGUUGACUAAAUGAAACUGAAAAAUGGUAAUUUUGGACUCUUUACUAAUUAAUCAUGGUGUGAUAUACAGUGUCUGGCAAUAAUAUUGUGAUUUCUUUCUCUUUAUUCGUUCUCAAUUACAAAUCCAACAUUAUAAUUUGUUUUCUAUAAUAUUUUGAAUCUGUAAAAAUCAUAAGAGACUUUGCAGGAGAAUUUCUGAAUAAACCUGCCAUAAUUCAGGUUGUGAAUCUGAAAUCUGAAUUUGUAUAAAUAGAGGCUAAACAUUAUUCCAAAUGAAUAAACCGGAAACUAAUCUCUGGAAUGAUACCACUGAGUUGUCUGCAAUGAGGCCAAAAGUAAAAAAAAAAAAAAAAAAAAA